ACUUUCCAGGCCGGUGGUGCAUGUGGGGCUUUAACAUUGUGUAUGAGCUCUGGUCUCUGUGCCUCUGCUUGAUCUGUCCACGGUGGCCCAGGACAGAGGGAAGCUGACCCCUCCCGGCCUUGGGACAGUGCCAGCGGCCCCCUCCAGCACUCGGGGCACCUAGAGGCAGGCAGAUACCGUGGAGCUGGCUUCGAGGCCUCUGGGACCCAGCCACUUGCCCAGUCCCGUCUGGGGUGGGGUGCGUGAGGAAGGAUGGGCGUGACUGCGGCCAGAUUCCUGGGACCCGCCCGCCGUGGGGCCACGCCCAGCCAGGGAGUCUCCAGAGGUGAGGGUCCUGUGGGGACUACCCAUCUGCUGAUCAUGAGGCCACUCCUCCUCCUGUGUCUCGCCUGGCCUGGCCUCCUGUGCGCCCAACAAGCCUGCUCCCGUGGGGCCUGCUACCCGCCUGUCGGGGACCUGCUGCUUGGGAGGACCCGGUUCCUCCGAGCUUCCUCCACCUGCGGACUGACCAAGCCUGAGACCUACUGCACCCAGUAUGGAGAGUGGCAGAUGAAAUGCUGCAAGUGCGACUCCAGGCUGCCUCACAAUUACAACAGUCACCGAGUGGAGAAUGUGGCUUCGUCCUCAGGCCCCAUGCGCUGGUGGCAGUCACAGAAUGAUGUGAGCCCUGUCUCUCUGCAGCUGGACCUGGACAGGAGGUUUCAGCUUCAGGGCAUCAUGAUGGAAUUUAAGGGGCCUGUGCCCGCUGGCAUGCUGAUCGAGCGCUCCUCAGACUUCGGCAAGACCUGGCGGGUGUACCAGUACCUGGCUGGCGACUGCGCCUCUGCCUUCCCUGGGGUCCACCAGGGCCAGCCCCAGAGCUGGCUGGAUGCACGGUGCCGGACCCUGCCCCAGAAGGCUAAUGGGCAGCUAAAUGGCGGGAAGCUCCAGCUUAACCUCAUGGAUUUAGCAUCUGGGAUCCCAGCGACUCAAAGCCAGAAAAUUCGAGAGCUGGGCGACAUCACCAACUGGAGAGUCAACUUCACCAAGCUGGCCCCCGUGCCCCGCAGGGGCUACGUGCCUCCCAGCGCCUUCUUCUCGGUGUCCCAGCUACGUCUGCAGGGGACCUGCUUCUGUCACGGCCACGCCAGCCGCUGCGCCGCCAAGCCCGGGGCCGCGGAGUCCCCCUCCGCCGUGCAGGUCCACGAGGUCUGCGUCUGCCAACACAACACUGCCGGCCCCCACUGUGAACGCUGUGCCCCCUUCUACAACAACCAGCCCUGGAGACCUGCAGAGGACCAGGAUGCCCAUGAGUGCCAAAGGUGCGACUGCAGCGGGCACUCGGAGACCUGUCACUUCGACCCAGCUGUGUUUGCCGCCAGCCAGGGGGCGCACGGAGGCGUGUGUGACAAUUGCAGGGAUCACACGGAGGGCCAGAACUGUGAGCGGUGUCAGCUGCAUUACUUCCGGAACCGGCGCCCGGGCGCCCCCGCUGGGGAGACCUGCAUUCCCUGCGAGUGUGACCCGGACGGGGCGGUGGAGGGAGCUCCCUGCGACCCUGUGACCGGGCAGUGCGUGUGCAAGGAGCAGGUGCAGGGCCAGCGCUGUGACCUGUGCAAGCCGGGCUUCACCGGACUCGUUCACAGCAACCCGCAGGGCUGCCACCGCUGUGACUGCAGCGUCCUGGGGGCCCGGCGAGACAUGCCCUGCGAGGAGGAGACGGGGCGCUGCCUGUGUCUGCCCAACGUGGUGGGCCCCAGAUGUGAUCAGUGUGCCCCCAACCACUGGAAGCUGGCCAGCGGCCGGGGCUGCGAGCCGUGUGCCUGUGACCCUCAUACCUCCCUCAGUUCCCAGUGCAACCAGUUCACAGGGCAGUGCCCCUGUCGGGAAGGCUUUGGUGGCCUGACGUGCAAUGCCGCUGCAGCCAUCCGCCAGUGUCCCGACCGGACCCACGGAGACGCGGGCACAGGGUGCCGAGCGUGUGACUGUGACUUCCGGGGAACGGAGGACCCAGGCUGCGACAAGGUCUCCGGCCGCUGUCUCUGCCGCCCUGGCUUCACUGGGCGCCGCUGUGACCAGUGCCAGAGAGGCCACUGUGCCCGCUACCCUGUGUGCGUGGCCUGCCACCCUUGCUUCCAGAUCCACGACGCAGCCCUUCGGUUACAGGCCGGGCGCCUCGGCAGACUUCGCAAUGCCACCAGUGGCCUGCGGCCCGGGCCGGGUCUGCAGGACGUGGAGCUGGGACCCCGGGUCCUGAAUGCCACGAGCAAGGUGGAGCAGAUCCAGGCCCUUCUGGGCCAGGCCUCAGCCCCGGAGCGGGAUGUGGCCCAGAUGGCCAGCAGCGUCCUCUCCAUCAGGGGGACUCUCCAGGGCCUGCAGCUGGACCUGCCCCUGGAGGAAGAGGUUCUCUCCCUCCCAGGAGACCUGGAGAGUCUGGGCAGGAGCCUCAGUGACCUCCUUGUCGUGUAUCAGGACAAGAGGGCGAAGUUCGGAAAGCUCCACAGCGCCGAUCCUUCAGGGGCCUUCUGGAUGCUGACCGAAGCCUAUGAACGGUCGUCCCAGGCUGCCCAGCAGGUUUCCGACAGCUCGAGCUUGCUGCGCCAGCUCAGGGACAGCCGCAGAGAGGCAGAACGGCUGGAGAGGCAGGCUCAGGGAGGAGGAGGAGGUGCACGGGGCUCUGAGCUCGCCGCCCUGUGGACGGAGGUGGCGUCCUUGCCCGACCUGACACCCACCGUGCACAAGCUCUGUGGAGGCGCCAGGCAGGCGGCCUGCACCCCGGGAGCGUGCCCUGGUGAGCUGUGUCCCCAAGAAAACGGCACAACCUGUGGCUCCCACUGCAGGGGCGCCCUCCCCCGGGCGGGAGGGGCCUUCCAGAUGGCCGGACAGGUGGCUGAGCAGCUGCGAGGGUUCAGCUCCCAGCUGCAGCAGACCAGGCAGAUGAUCAGGGUGGCUGAGGAAGCGGCCCUGCGGGUCCAGUCGGAUGCCCAGCGCCUGGAGACCCAGGUGAGCACCAGCCGCUCCCAGAUGGAGGAGGACGUCAGGCGCACACGGCUCCUCGUCCAGCAGGUCCGGGACUUCCUCUCGGACCCUGCUACAGACGCAGCUGCCGUCCAGGAGGUCAGUGAGGCUGUGUUGGCUCUGCUGCUGCCCUCAGACUCAGCGACUGUCCUGCGGAAGAUGAGGGAGAUCCAGGCCAUCGCAGCCAGGCUGCCCAACGUGGACCUAGUGCUGGCCCAGACUGAGCAGGACGUGGCACGGGCCCGGAGGCUCCAGGCCGAGGCUGAGCAGGCCAGGAUCCGGGCCCACUCUGUGGAAGGCCAGGUGGAGGACGUGGUCGGGAACCUGAGACAGGGCUCAGCGGCGCUGCAGGAAGCUCAGGACACCAUGCAAGGGACUGGCCGCUCGCUGCGGCUUAUCCAGGACAGGGUUGCUGAGGUCCAGCAGGUCCUGGGGCCAGCAGAAGGGCUGGUGAUGGGCAUGACGGAGCAGCUGGGCGGCUUCCGGGCACGGAUGGAGGAGCUCCAGCGCCAGGCCCAGCGGCAGCGGGCACAGGCAGCACAGGCCCAGCAGCUGGCAGAGGAUGCCAGCCAGAGGGCUCUGAGUGCCCAGGAGGGAUUUGAGAAAAUCAAGCAAAAGUACGCAGAGCUGAAGGAGCGGUUGGGUCAGAGUCCCACACUGGGUGAGCGGGGCAGCCGGAUCCACAGCGUCCAGAUGGAGGCCGAGGAGCUGUUCGGGGAGACCAUGGAGAUGAUGGACAAGAUGCGAGACAUGGAGUCGGAGCUGCUGCGGGGCAGCCAGGCCAUCGUGCUGCGCUCAGCGGACCUGACGGGGCUGGAGAAGCGUGUGGAGCAGAUCCGAGACCACAUCAGCGGGCGCGUGCUCUACUAUGCCACCUGCAAGUGAGCUCCACCCGGCACCCUGCGUUGGGGAGCAGGCAGAGGUGGGCUGCGUCCUGGCUCCCAGGGACUGCUGCCAGCCGCAGUGCGGUCCAGGCCCCGGGUGUGCAGCUAUCGCCGGGCUGCGAGCUUGAGUGGGGGCCGCUGCACUGGGGGGACAGAGGUGGCGAGGCGCCCGCCUGGCCGGGGACCUGAGUCCAGGGAGCUGGGCUGGGCAGUGUUCCCACUGCGUCCUCCAGUGCUGUGGAUCCAGGACCAAUGCAAAACUUAACAGAAAUUGUGUACACAGGCCAGGGAUUUAGCCCAGUGUUGCUGCUGCCUGCCUUGCAAGCGCAGGGUCCCGAGUUCGAUCCCCAAGAACACACAAAAAAAGCAUUUCAAAAAUCGUGUACAAAUGAAAAAGCCCAAUAAAAAUCUCUGGAAAGGAACCUGGAGGCUCAAAGAGG